AUGAAUUUUAAUAAAAUAAAUUUAAAAAAUAAUAAAGCAUCAACUAAUAAAAACAAUAUACAAUCUAGUAACGAAAAUGUUGCAUUAUGUGUUGUUGAAAAACUAUGGAACGUUUUAGAUAUAAAAUCUGAAAAUACAAUUGAUCUGCUUAAUGAUAAUAUUUAUAAUGGAUUAACAAAAAAAGGAAAACAUAAAUUCAAAAAAUUUAUUUUACCAUAUUUAAAAUUAAAAGCCUAUAACUUGAAGGCAUUUAAACUUUUAGAUAAUGAAAAUAUCCUAAGUAGCAAAAAAGACACAAAUGAAAAUAAUUUAAUUUAUAAUAUAAAUAAAUUAAAAAGAGUAGCAAAUGAAAAUGAUGUAUCUUUGCUAUUAAAUUUGAAUGAUACAAAUUUAUUAAAUACAAAAAAAAGGAAAGUUGGAAUGCUAAUUAUUUCGAAAAAAACAUUUGUUAAUGUAAUAAAAGAAAAAAUUAAAAUAGAGAAUACAUUAUUGGAUCCUGACAAUUAUAUUUUAGAUACACUUUUAGAAAUGUCAAAAAAUAAAAAAUAUUUUUUUAUAAAUAAAGAAAAACAGCAAAAUUUGGACAAAUUUAAGUUAUAUAGAUAUUAUGAUUACCCAUUCGAACAACGGCUAAAUAAUGCAUAUAGUAAAGUAGGAAAUUACAUUAUUAAAAAAAAAUCCCCAAAAAAUGACAACAAUUAUGAUGAAAUAGGGAAUAUUUUAAAAAAAUCAGAUUAUGAACUAAUGGAAAAAGAAAACAUGUUAAACAAAAUAAUCCAUGAAAGUAUACUACAAGUAACAACGAAAAAUAAAUCCAACCUUAUUAGAGAUGAAACAAAUCACAUUAAAAACGAUUUUGAAAAUAAUAAUUUAUACAAUGAUAUUAAUCGUAAAAAAUAUGUGUAUCGAGAAAAAUUGCUCAAAAGAAAAGAAAAAAAAUGCAAAGAUCCUUUAUAUAUAUUAAAAAAAAUUUUAGAAAAAGACAGAAAUGGUUUAAAUUAUAAGCAAAAUAUGAUUAUGCAGGAAUUACAAGAAUGUACUUUUCAACCAAAUGUUUAUAAAUAUUUAAAUCACGAAAAAAAUAAUAUAAUCCCACAAAAAAAACAAAAAAAUAUAAUGGAAAAAAUUAAAAAAGAAGACCAAGUUAUAGAAAAAAUAUUUAGUAAUAAUACGGAUAGCAUUAUAGCAAAGGAAGUGCAUGGGCAUAUUUUAAAACAAACUACGAAGAAAUAUUAUAACUCAACAAAUGAGGAUAUGAAUUAUUUUAACUCCCAUUAUUUGGACUACAUGAAUAAUCAUAGCAAAAUAAAUCGAAAACAUGAGCAUCCCACACAUCGAGCAUAUAGAAAUGCUAGACGAACUGGACCAAACGAUUAUAAUAAUAAAAUAAAUUCAAGGAUGAUAAAAAUAAAUUAUGAAAAUAAUUGGAAUAAUGAAGUAAGGUUAAUAGGGCGAGGAUUAAAAGCGAAAAUUGUACCUAAUUUUAACUUAUCCCAAAAAACAAAUGAUAUGAACAUGCGUACAAAUAAUGAAUAUUUAAGUGACAAAAUGGUAACAUAUCAAAAUUGUAAUCGAAACAAACAAAUGGCUAGUUCAGCAUCAAUUAAGAAUAAUAAUAAAAACUAUAAGUCCAGCAAUAAUGUAAAAAAAAUAAACCCCAUAAUUAAAAAUGAUAUUUCUUAUAAUGUUAGUAAAAAUGAUUUUAUGAAAUCAAUUAUGUUUAAUAGUAUUAAUAUUAUUGAGCCCAAAACUCCCAAAAUUAUUGCAGUAGAAAAUAAGGAUGAAAAAUUAGAGAGAAUAGAAAAGCUACUUUUAUCUUUACCCAAAAAAUUUUAUUUUGCGAGCAUGUGCUAA